AUGGACCGCGCAAACGGAGCCGGCUCUGGCGCGGCGGCCAGCAGGGCCGAGCGAUUCGAAGAUGAGAAGCGUCGCAUAAUCGAGAGCUGCUUCAGCAAAAAAGACCAGGAUGGCUCCAUGAUCGAGACAUACAUCACCCACAUUAAAAUUACAGAAUACUCAACACACCCUACGUCACCCCCUCCUCCCCAGGCCCGAACCCCCGAUUCCGAGAAACCUCGAGUCAUCAUCGUCGCUGUCCGUCAGUCAGGCCGAGUGCGCAUGCACAAAUCCAAGGAAAACGCCAACGGCACCUUUUCAAUCGGCAAGACUUGGAACCUCGAUGAUCUUAGCCACAUCGAAUCCUACACCGGGCCUCAGGUCAGCCUCAAUCUGCGCGAUUGGGCUGGGGAUACUGGUUUCACAGUCACUCUUGGAAAACAAUAUUACUGGCAAGCUCAAACAGACAAGGAAAAGAAGUUCUUCGUCGCAAGCUUGAUUAAAAUAUACAGCAAAUAUACCGGUGGCAAGGUUCCUGAGCUAAAUGGCUUCGACCCCAGAGAGCAAGACCAAGUCCUCGGUGCUGGUAGACGCCAGGCAAAUGCGCCUCCAAGGCCAAAUGGGACGCCAAUUUCGCAAGUAACCCCCGGACUGGACUCCGCGCCUUCGUCUGUUACAUCGACACCGUCUGGUGCACCUCGCCAAGCAACCCCCGACUCUUCUAGGCUCCAAAAGCCGCCUUUCCGGCCCCCUCUGAAUGGCGCAAACUCUCCAGCAAGCAGCUUCGAAUCCUCGUUUUCUAAAGAGCGAUCUGAUCGGCCACCUCCGCCACGAUGGGCGGCUCAAAAUAACAAAAGUCAGGAGUCCUUUGCCACGUCCAUGUCGGCCUCGGCGCGAAGUGACGACACCGCUAGCCAGCCUCCUAGAUCGCGCAACGGCCCCAGUGUUCCCGCCAUCCCCGGAAGGUUUGGCGAUUCUCGCGAUAUGCCAGAACAACCGCCCACUGUGCCCCAAGGCUCUGAACUUCCGCCCCCAGAGCGUCGUCGACCCCCCAUGGACCCCUCGCGCCCAAUGGACAGAGACGUUGUACCGCCGCCUUUGAAUAGCCCCAUCAACAAGAAAGACCCCGUGUUCCCGCCUCCGCGCAGCAGCGACAGAAAUUCACCCAUGACAGGCCCACCCGGACGCGCUGUGGAGGGCGAGUCCUCUCCGGAGACACCGAAGCCGCGCGGUAUGACACCUCCGGUUAUGACGCGCGUGAAGAGUGAAAGCGGCUCUGUUUCUCAGUCAGACGAGUCCGUACGAUCGCCACCCCCCGUUCCCGCUGAACCUACGGAGGAAUCGCGACCGGGGCUGGGACCCAUGAUCAAAUCGAAGCGGUCCAGAGGUGAUAUUGCCGGCGUGUUUUGGAAAGCCGCAAAUGCUGCCACUGCUGCGUCAGCAUUCAAACCACGCCCUGGUGGCGCGGCAGAGAGGCUGCGAUUGGCCCAGGCCCAGCAGAAGCCGACUGACGGCCCGGAUGGCAUCACCGGCGUGGUCCCUGCACCCCCGCGACCAGUGUCAAGAGAUAAGCGGCCAGAGACACCUGAGGCUGUACCAGCAGCUCUGGCUGCUGCACCGGCUGCUACCGCUGCCGCUACUGCUGCUGUUAUUCAAUCCAACUUGCCUGCUCCCUCUCCUCCACCCACUGCCCCCGUACCACCACCGCCGGAACCCACCGUCCCCGAAGUCACGGUAACCCCUACGCCGCCGCCAGUAUCAGAACCCCAGCCACCGAAGAAGGCAGGCCCAAGCGAAGCUGCUAUCAAAAAGGCAGAAGAAGAAGCCAAGGAGAAAGCAGCUCGGGCGGCCGCGGCCAGCAACGACUCGAGAUAUCUUCAAGCGCUUGGAGUCGACGCAACACUCUUGGAUGGGCGAAGUCAAGAAUUUGGAAAAUGGCUGGACUAUUUUGGCUGGGUCCCUGGCGACAAAAUGCGUUCGCACAACGUCGAAGAAUUGGGAGUUGAUAUUGACAGAGAGCUAAACAAAGCGCAGGCUGGUGGUUGGCUUGCUCGAUUCCGUGAGGAAGACGAACGAGUGGGUGCUAUCAAACAAGGUGUUGAUCUGGCCAUCGCUGAAUGUGAAGAGCUGGAUAAUCUCCUUACUCUAUAUUCUGUGGAGCUUUCGACAUUGUCAGACGAUAUUGCCUAUAUCGAGGCGCAAGGCCAAGGUCUGCAGGUUCAGACUGCAAAUCAGAAACUACUCAAGAAAGAGCUGGAGUCACUUCUCGAAACAUGCGCAAUUACGAGUAAUGAUCUCGAAGCCCUGCACCUGGCACCUCUGGACAAUUUGCGUGGCUUGGAAGACGCAGAGGCAUCUCUUGUUGUCCUUUUCAAGGCAAUGGUCAAGAUUGAUCCUAGACUGAAAGAAGGAACGGCAGGUACUCGAGUUGAUCAAGAGUCGAGUCUCAACAGUAACUACGGCCAAAUGCGCAUUGUGCAAGAGAAGAAGCAAAUGUACAUGCAGGAGAGCGGCCUUUUCAUGCGCCGUUUCGUUGAGUUCAUGGCAAGACAGUUUGACGAAGCAUAUGCGGAAACAAAACGUGCUCUGGAUGGCGCCUUAUCGAAAAAGGCCGACUCCAGUCAUCACAAUUCCGGGAGAGAGCUUCUCUGGAAGUAUAGCCCCUUGAUGCUAUACGCAAGGGAUGUUGAUCUCGAGAACUGGAACCGUCUCCUUCAAAUAUACCAGGACAAGAGCCAGCCGCUUUACAAGACCGAGUUCCAGAAUGUCAUCACUCAUUGGCGCAAGAAUGCCAGGAAGAUGACGGGCGAUGAAGCCGCGAUGCUGUUCACAUCGCAAGUCGAAAAACAACAAGAAGGCGUUGCCACAGCAGCAAGAAAGCUGACAGUUAAGAGAAGUCAAACAUUAGCGAGAGCUCUGCGAUCACCGCUUGCAGAUGGCAGCUCGCGUGCUGCUGAGAAGACUGCAGGAGAUAGUCGUUUCAUGCCGUUCGAAAUUUUCGGUGCUGUCCUGGACGACCUUCUUCCGCUGGUCGAGAUGGAACAGAAUUUCAUCAUUGACUUCUUCCACGCCUCAACGCUCGAGUCGCUUGACUUCACUGACACGGUAGCAGCGGUACCUCCGCACAAUCGCCGCGGCGGGGAUUUGAAGCGCCAUCGGCUUAUGGAGCCUGAUAGGGAGCUGGCUCGCCGCGUAACGCGCUCUAUGGAGAUUAUCUUUACGUUUUUGGAAACGGAAAUUCAACGUCUGAUGGAAUGGGUUCUGGGCCAAUUUCCACUGCAAGGUGUUGGAGUGCUCGCGGUCCUCGAGAAGAAGAUUUCCGAAAUCAGCCAAUCGAACCAGGACUAUUUGAAUACCACGCUGCGAAAAGUGCUUGGUUUACUUGAAGGUCGCUUCAACAAGUUUGUUGAGGAACAACUUCAUGCUAUUGAAGAGACCAAGGUCAAGAUCAACAAACGCAAAGGUGUUAUAUCCUUUAUACGCGUGUUCCCAACUUUCCUCACUGCAGUCGAGAACAUGAUUGAUGGCUCGGACCCAAAGCUGCCUCUGCGUCGCAUGAUCGACGGCCAAUACGAACGAAUCCUGAAGCAAAUGUUCGACUCGCUCAAGGCCAUUGCACGCGAGGAUCCCACGGGUGGUCUUGCUGCUGGCACGAAUGAUCCCGAAGGCAAGGAAGCGCUCAAUUUCCAUAUCCUGUUGAUUGAAAACAUGAACCAUUUCCUCGAGGAGACAGAUGCGCGAGGCUUGGAGGUUCUUGAAACUGGCAAAGAUGAGGCCAAUCGUGAAUAUCAUGAGCACAUCGACCUUUACCUCAAUGCAGUGAUGCGCCGACCGCUGGGCAAAUUGCUGGAUUACCUCGAGAACAUAGAAGCACAGAUUCAGACGGGCAAGUCGCCGACUGCUAUUGCCAGACAGCCAUCCAACAGCCAGGCCGUCUUUGUCAAGGUACUCAGCCUGUACGAUGCCAAGGAUCUUCGCAAGGGCAUCGAUGCCCUGCGCAAGCGCGUCGAGAAGCACUUUGGUGAUGCUGACGAGCCUGCGCUCAGCCGCGGCCUCGUCGCCAAGGUACUGACGGAGUGCGAGAACUACUACGUCAAGGUCGAGAACAGGAUCGGCAGUGUGACGACUAAUGUUUACGGAGGCGAUGUGCCGUUUGAAUGGCCUAGAGCGGAAGUCAAGGCAGCCUUCCGAGACAAAUGA